AUGCACUUAGCCAACGGAGAAAAGGGUCUCCGUAAAAUGACCGACAAGACUUACGGGGAAAAACCACAUUCUGAUUCUAGGCAUGACUCAAAACCGCUGCAAAUGUUUACAGAGAUAAGUUUGCUUAUGGAUGGCGAAAUACCAAAAGGGGCUAUUCCAGUCACCAGCACAAGGCCGCCUUCCAAUCAGCACUGGGGAGAAUUGGCUCGCUACAUACUCUAUGAGGAAGUAUUCGACGAGGAAUCAAGGGAAUUCGCUUCCCCACAGUAUCCCUCCAUUUCGUUUCGCUACUUUGAUCGAUUCUGCAGCAUCUUACAUAAGGCUGGUUCGUCAACGAUUAUGAUAAAUAAUUUGUGUGAUAGUAGUUAA